UCACCACUAUCUCGCUGUCCUCAUACAUGUCCUGCACCACCCUCACAUAUUUCUCUCUGGCACUCCUGAGUUCCUCAUCCAGUACCACAGUUUUAUUGGGAAUACUGUGUCAUAUUCGACUUUAGUGCCGAUCGCAAACAUGAAUAUGUGCAAUAACCAUUCCAUUACCUAACAAUUAUUGGGGUAGUAGAACAGGUAUGGUACUUUGGCCCUUCUCGCUCCCACUAGAGUGCCAAAACAAGUACACGGAUCGAAAGUAACCUUUGCCAUGGCAAAAAGGAAGCUUAAGAAAAACAAUACAUGUCACUCGUAUUCAGUAGCAUCGGUUCAACCAAAGAGCCAGAAAGAAAUGGCACAAACGGAGAAAAGUGCCACUUUUGCCCUUGCUGCUGUUGCUUUGGUCGUGGCUGUUUGCGUGGCACCACUAGCAGCUGAAAUAUCUUCGUCUGAUAUACAUCAUCAUAAGCACCUGUCCCUGAAGAUGGAUGAGGCACAGCUGACGGUCAACAAUGAGUUGUCAUAUGAGGUGCAGGUGUCUUGGAUGUCACAGCGCUGCUACCAGUGUUUGUACCAGCAGCUAGGGGUGGUACCUGCAGGGCUUGAGCCUGGUCAGCCCAGUUCAGUAAACUUUGUUGUAAGCACACAGCAUGAAAUAACACUGCAGAUCAACAGCACACCUAUCGAGCUGGAGCUCUGCAAAAUUCCUUUCCACUUUGGCGAGCAUGGUAACUACUCCCUGUGGGUGAAAACCCUGAACGCAUCUUUUGGAGUCAACUGCUCUGUAGUUACUGAUAAGGACCCUGUGAAUAGCUACAUACCGAUCUUGGUUGCUUUUCUCAUCUAUGCUCUCCUGGCCUUGGUGUUUGCCAUUGGAAAAAAGGUUUGGGGGCUUGAUGCAGUAAGAGGUCUGGUCCUCCGACUUGGGAGUUCCAUGGAAACGGAGAGACUCAUCAAUUCUGAACUGGGCCCCACUCGGGUAGUGCCGCCAGUCACUGAUAACGUCCUCCCUCCCCCGCUAACGAGCAGCAAGAGGCUUCGAUCUUUGGAUACAUUCAGAGGUAUCUCCUUGGUCAUUAUGGUGUUUGUGAACUAUGGAGGGGGGCGAUACUGGUUCUUCAGACAUGAAAGCUGGAAUGGCCUUACUGUUGCUGACCUAGUCUUCCCUUGGUUUGUGUUCAUAAUGGGCACAUCCAUCGCACUCUCCAUCAAUGCCUUGCUGCGUGCAGGCGCGACCCGUUGCUCAUUGCUCAGAAAAGCUGUGUGGCGGAGCUUGCAGCUCUUCAUCAUUGGUGUCCUAGUCAUCAACCCAAACUACUGCCAGGGAGCGUUGGCUUGGGAAAACUUGCGGAUCCCGGGUGUGUUGCAGCGCCUCGCCUGGUCAUAUCUGGUCGUAGCUUGCUUGGAUUUACUGGUGGCCAGAGGACAACUUGACGUCCUCACAGUGGAUGCGUGGUGGUCCCCAGCUAUUGAUUUCUUGCUGUAUUGGCCCGCCUGGCUGUGUGUGAUUCUUCUAGAAGUACUCUGGCUCUUCCUCACAUUUCAACUUCCUGUGCCAGACUGCCCAGCAGGUUAUCUGGGUCCAGGUGGGAUUGGAGACAUGGGGCUGUAUGUGAACUGCACCGGUGGAGCUGCUGGUUUCAUUGACCGCUUGCUUCUGGGAGAAAAGCACAUGUACCAGAAUCCAUCAUCAAGGGUGAUUUAUGCAACUCGUAUACCGUAUGAUCCAGAAGGUGUUCUUGGCAGCAUCAACUCUAUCCUCAUGGCCUUUCUGGGAUUACAGGCAGGGAAAAUAAUCUUGCACUACAGAGAACGCCCCAAAAGUAUUAUGUCGAGGUUCCUCAUAUGGGGUCUUUUACUGGGUGUUGUAUCAGCAUUUCUAACCAAAUGUUCCACAGACCAGGGUUUCAUUCCUGUCAACAAAAACCUGUGGUCUCUGUCUUACGUGACAACACUGGCCUGCUUUGCCUUUGUGCUCCUAAUGCUGAUCUACUACAUAGUGGAUGUAAAUAAGUGGUGGUCAGGGGCACCUUUCUACUAUCCUGGUAUGAACUCCAUACUUGUGUACGUGGGCCACGAAGUGUUUGAGGACUACUUUCCCUUCCACUGGCAGAUGUCCAACAGCCAAUCCCAUGCUGAGCAUCUCAUUCAGAACCUUGUGGCCACUUCCUGUUGGGUCAUCAUCUCCUAUUUGCUUUACAAAAAGAAGAUUUUCUGGAAAAUUUAAACACAGGACAGCAAAAGCACAGGACAUUGUUUACAUCAUAGAUGCUGGAGACACAACAAGAAUGCAUUUGGUUGGACACAGAAUGCAGAUUAAUUAUGUCAAGGUUAUAUCAUAAUUCUAUGAAUCUCUGUCUCUGAUCAUGUAUGGGGGUUCUUUCAUCACAUAGCUAUUCUGUUAGGUUAUUUACCCUUUCUUUCUUUUUACAUUUUUUCCCAUAAACUAGGGCUGUUCGA